AUGAGGAGACAGAAGAAAUCGCCUAGUCAAAGGCAAGGGAGGGCUAGAGGGUGGGACCUGCUGCAGCCGCCUUUAUUACAAGCUUCACACGCCGGAACAUACAGUAACACAGACGGUUGAAGGGACCUUCUGCGAUUGCCGGAGUCCCGUGUACGUGAAGAUCCAACAUGUCCGCCAAAGCCAUCUCGGAGCAGACGGGGAAGGAGUUCCUCUACAAGUACAUCUGUACCUCAGCCGCUGUGCAGAACCGCUUCAAAUACGCCAGUGUGACAUGUGACACUGACUGGGACCGGCUGACACAGGAGCACCCCUGGCUUCUCACAGAGCCACUGGUGGUGAAGCCAGACCAGCUGAUCAAGAGGCGAGGGAAGCUGGGCUUGGUGGGAGUCGACCUGGACCUGAAGGGUGUACAGGAGUGGCUUCAGCUUCGCCUCAUGAAAGAAACCACAGUGGGAAAGGCCAAGGGCGUUCUGAAGAACUUCCUUAUAGAACCCUUCGUAGCUCACACGCAGGAGGAAGAGUUCUACAUAUGCAUAUACGCCACUCGAGAGGGCGACCACGUGCUCUUUCACCACGAGGGUGGCGUGGAUGUCGGAGAUGUGGACUCCAAGGCUCAGAGGCUUGUGGUGCGCGUGGAUGAGAAGCUGGAUCCAGAGCUCGUAAAAAACCACCUCUUGGCGAACGUGGCGGAUGAUAAGAAGGAGGUCCUGGCCAGCUUUCUCUUAGGCCUCUUCAACCUGUAUGAAGACCUGUAUUUCACCUACCUGGAGAUUAACCCUUUGGUGGUUACCAAAGAUGGUGUGCACGUGCUAGACAUGGCUGCCAAGAUCGAUGUGACAGCAGACUACAUCUGCAAGGCUAAGUGGGGCGACGUGGAGUUCCCGCCGCCCUUCGGGAGAGAGGCCUAUCCAGAGGAGGCCUACAUCGCGGACUUGGAUGCCAAGAGUGGCGCCAGUCUUAAGCUUACAGUGCUUAACCCGCGCGGGAGGAUCUGGACCAUGGUGGCCGGGGGCGGGGCAUCUGUGGUUUACAGUGAUACAAUAUGCGACCUGGGUGGAGUGGACGAGCUGGCCAACUACGGCGAGUAUUCAGGGGCCCCAAGCGAGCAGCAGACCUACGACUACGCCAAGACCAUCCUGUCCUUGAUGACCCGAGAGAAGCACCCGGACGGAAAAGUCCUCAUUAUUGGUGGUAGCAUCGCCAACUUCACCAAUGUCGCAGCCACCUUCAAGGGCAUUGUAAGGGCCAUUAAGGACUACCAGGGCCCACUGAAGGAGCAUGAGGUCACCAUCUUUGUGCGUCGUGGUGGCCCCAACUAUCAGGAGGGGCUGAGGGUGAUGGGAGAAGUAGGAAAGACCACUGGCAUUCCCAUCCAUGUGUUUGGUACUGAGACCCACAUGACGGCCAUCGUUGGCAUGGCACUGGGCCACCGGCCAAUCCCCAAUCAGCCACCUGUGGCUGCACACACAGCCAACUUCUUGCUCAACUCCAGUGCCAGUGUUUCGACUCCAGCUACCAGCAGGACGGCCUCCUUCUCUGAAUCCAGCUCUCCCAGCGAUGUCACACCUGCAAAAAGACUAGCAUCUGGGGUCCCACCAGGACAGCAGAGUUCCUCUGACAGAGCUGGAGCAAAAGCCACAACGCUCUUCAGCAAGCAUACCAAGUCCAUUGUGUGGGGCAUGCAGACACGAGCAGUUCAGGGCAUGCUGGACUUCGACUACGUCUGCUCCAGGGACGAGCCCUCGGUGGCUGCUAUGGUUUACCCAUUCACCGGCGACCACAAGCAGAAGUUUUACUGGGGCCACAAAGAGAUCCUGCUGCCAGUUUACAAGAACAUGGCGGACGCCAUGAGGAAGCACCCUGAGGUGGAUGUGCUCAUCAGCUUCGCCUCGCUGCGCUCUGCCUAUGACAGCACUGUGGAGACCAUGCAGUAUUCCCAGAUCCGUACCAUUGCCAUCAUCGCUGAAGGCAUCCCAGAAGCCCUGACCAGAAAGCUCAUAAAGAUGGCGGACGAGAAGGGUGUGACUAUCAUUGGCCCGGCGACGGUGGGUGGCAUCAAACCUGGCUGCUUCAAGAUUGGGAACACUGGGGGAAUGCUAGACAAUAUCCUGGCCUCCAAGCUGUACCGACCAGGCAGCGUGGCCUAUGUCUCCCGCUCAGGGGGGAUGUCCAACGAGCUCAACAACAUCAUCUCCCGGACGACUGAUGGAGUCUUUGAGGGUGUAGCAAUUGGGGGAGACAGAUACCCUGGGUCUACUUUCAUGGAGCAUGUGUUGCGUUACCAGGACACCCCUGGGGUGAAGAUGAUUGUCGUUCUGGGAGAGAUUGGAGGUACAGAGGAGUAUAAGAUCUGUCAUGGAAUCAAGGAGGGCAGAAUCAGCAAACCUGUGGUCUGCUGGUGCAUUGGAACCUGUGCGACCAUGUUCUCCUCAGAGGUGCAGUUUGGGCAUGCAGGGGCCUGUGCCAACCAGGCCUCGGAGACGGCCGUGGUCAAGAAUCAGGCCCUCAGGGAGGCUGGGGCCUUUGUGCCCCCGAGCUUCGACGAACUGGGAGACGUGAUCAGGAAAGUAUAUGAUGACCUUGUUGCAAAUGGAAUCAUAGUUCCUGCCCAAGAGGUGCCUCCCCCAACAGUACCAAUGGACUAUUCCUGGGCAAGGGAGCUGGGCCUGAUCCGUAAGCCCGCCUCCUUCAUGACCAGCAUCUGUGACGAGCGGGGCCAGGAGCUCAUCUAUGCCGGCAUGCCCAUCACUGAGGUCUUCAAGGAGGAGAUGGGCCUGGGAGGCGUGCUGGGGCUCCUCUGGUUCCAGAGGAGGUUACCACGGUAUGCCUGUCAGUUUAUUGAGAUGUGCCUGAUGGUGACGGCAGACCAUGGCCCUGCUGUCUCCGGUGCCCACAACACCAUCGUCUGUGCCCGUGCGGGCAAAGACCUCAUCUCCAGCCUGACAUCAGGCCUGCUAACUAUCGGCGACCGCUUCGGCGGGGCUCUCGACGCCGCCGCCCGGCAGUUCAGCAAGGCCUUCGACAGCGGCCUGCUCCCCAUGGAGUUUGUCAACAAGAUGAAGAAGGAGGGCAAGCUGAUCAUGGGAAUCGGGCACAGGGUGAAGUCGAUCAACAACCCGGACAUGAGAGUUCAGAUCCUCAAAGACUUUGUGAAGCAGCAUUUCCCAGCCACACAGCUGCUGGACUAUGCCUUGGAUGUGGAGAAGAUCACCACAUCCAAGAAACCCAACCUCAUCCUGAAUGUGGACGGUUUCAUUGGCGUGGCUUUCGUGGACCUACUGAGAACAUGCGGUGGAUUUACAAGGGACGAGGCAGAUGAGUUUGUGGAGAUUGGUGCUCUGAAUGGAAUCUUUGUCUUGGGCCGCAGUAUGGGCUUCAUCGGACAUUACCUUGACCAGAAGAGACUGAAGCAGGGUUUGUACCGCCAUCCCUGGGAUGACAUCUCCUACGUUCUUCCAGAACACAUGUCCAUGUAAUUUCAUGAACACUGGACCAGGCCCAGUUGGCAGGCCGAGGAUGACCUCCUUCAUUUCCAUCUUCAUUACUGCUGGUGAAUACAGAGCGGAUUGAUUGUGACACUAAAGGACAAGGAGGAAUCUUUAUAGGCCGUCACCGAAGACUAACAUCGUCUUUUUUGUGCGUUUUUUUUAGUUUUAACAAAAUUUGAUUGGAAAAACCUAAUCAAACCAGUGCAAUCUAUAGUUGAGGUGGUACUUCAUGUGGGAGGUGGUUAGCAGGAUUUUUAUUAUUUUGGAUACGGUAAAGUGUUCUUGGACACACAACCCGGCCUUCGUUCGACAGACUGUCUGUGGACCUUGUUUAGGUAACCCCUUGCUUACCACUGCAAAGCUGGCUACUCUUCCAUCCAUGAAACCAGCUACAGCUGCCGCUGUAUCGCUGCCGUUUCUUCAAAGACCUCAGCUAGCACUGUUAAGGCUUCGACAGCUCUGUCUCCCUGCGUGGCCUUUAGAAGGGGCCGUGUAAAUGUCCAGUGAAGGAAUCGAGAACCCAUACAUUAACACAUCGUACUCUUCCCUCUCUAGAGAAGUUUUAAGGGCACGUCUAACGGGGAGUUUUUAGCCAACAUACCCGGCAAUGAACAUGUAAAUGUGGGGACAUUGUUGUAUGAGAACACUAUGAAGACAUUUAACACUCACCUGUGUGCACCACAGCUCAUCUGGUCUGAGCAGUUCUUAGUCGAGUAGGGUCACGUAGAGAUUGGACCAGAGUAUCAUAUGGACAACUUCUGACUGUCUUAUUUUCGGUCUUAGAAUACCAAAUUCAUACUAAUCUUUUAGUCUCAAAGCUAAACAAUAUUGAAACGUGCUUAAUGUAUUGGUUCUUUCCUUGAGGUUUUUUUGUUAUGAAUUUUAAAGGUUUAAUUGAAUAUAUACAGAUAUUAUAUCCUGAUUUAAUUAUCUCUUGCCUGGUUUCUGUCCAGGUUUUUUUUUUCUCUCUCAUCCUCCCUUGUGGGUAAUUUAGUUCCGGCGACAUUGGCUAAAUAAGAGCCUUUACACACUGUGAGGGACCAUGGCACUUGGGUGGUUGUGCUCUCAUUGGAUGUGGCUUUUUGAUGACAAGCAGACCCCCCUUACAGUCCUGUGUAGUCCUCCAAGCAGAGCUUGCCAGAGUUUAGUGCUGCACCUUGGUGUUCAUGCUUGCCUCAAGACUCAAAUAGACCCCAGCUUUUGAAAGAUUAGCCUGCUAUAUUCGUUUAAUGUAUUAUUUUGUGAUUUUCAUGUGAAAUAAAAGCUUCUGUGUUUUAAUAUAGCCUAAGAAUGGACUGUAGAUUAAUAAAGAAUCUUAGCUCACUUUU